AUGAAAGGGGAGGAGCUGGCCCGUGAGGGUUCUCACAGAGGCGUGUCUCUGCUGCAGGUGAACGGGAAGGAGCUCUCCAAGCUGUCUCAGGAGCAAACCCUGGAGGCCCUGCGCUCCUCCAAGGAGCCCCUGGUGAUCCAGGUGCUGAGACGCAGCCCCCGCCUCCGGGGGGACAGCUCCUGCCACGACCUGCAGCUGGUGGACAGUGGCACUCAGACCGACAUCACCUUCGAGCAUAUCAUGGCGCUGGGCAAGCUGCGCCCACCCACCCCACCCAUGGUCAUCCUGGAGCCCCCCCCCAUCAGCCAUGAGUAUUAUGACCCAGCGGAGUUCAUGGAGGGCGGCCCGCAGGAGGCAGACCGUAUGGAUGAACUGGAGUAUGAGGAGGUGGAGCUGUAUAAAAGCAGCCACCAAGACAAGCUGGGCCUGAUGGUUUGCUACCGCACGGACGACGAGGAGGACCUGGGCAUCUAUGUUGGCGAGGUAAAUCCCAACAGCAUUGCAGCCAAAGACGGCCGGAUCCGCGAGGGAGACCGCAUCGUCCAGAUUAAUGGUGUGGACGUCCAGAACCGGGAAGAGGCGGUGGCCAUCCUGAGCCAGGAGGAGAACACCAACAUCUCCCUGCUGGUGGCCCGGCCUGAGAGCCAGCUGGCAAAGCAGUGGAAGGACAGUGACCGGGAUGACUUCCUGGAUGCCUUUGCCUCUGAGAAUGAGGGGGACCUGCAUGCUCAGAAGCUGAAAUCGCCCCCUGCCCAACAGGUUGGAAACGAAGAGGAGAAGGGGGCUCCUGAUGGGGGCCAAGGCCUGAGCAACAGCCAGGAGCUGGACAGUGGAGUGGGCCGGACCGAUGAGAGCACGCGCAACGAAGAGAGCUCUGAACAUGACCUGCUGGGGGACGAGCCCCCGAGCACCACCAACACCCCUGGGAGCCUGCGCAAGUUCGGCCUGCAAGGGGAUGUCCUGCAGAGUCGGGACUUCCACUUCAGCAUGGACUCGCUGCUGGCUGAGGGGGCGGGGCUGGGAGGGGGCGACGUCCCGGGCCUCACUGACGAGGAGUAUGAGCGCUACCGCGAGCUGCUGGAGAUUAAGUGCCACCUGGAGAACGGCAACCAGCUGGGUCUCCUCUUCUCCCGGGCCUCCAGCGGCAACAAUGCCCUGGACGUCAACCGCAACGAGAGCCUGGGCCACGAGAUGGCCAUGCUGGAGGAGGAGCUGCGGCACCUGGAGUUCAAGUGCCGCAACAUCCUGCGGGCGCAGAAGAUGCAGCAGCUGCGGGAGCGCUGCAUGAAGGCCUGGCUGCUGGAGGAGGAGAGCCUGUACGACCUGGCGGCCAGUGAGCCCAAGAAGCACGAGCUGUCCGACAUCUCCGAGCUGCCCGAGAAGUCGGACAAGGACAGCACCAGCGCCUACAACACAGGGGAGAGCUGUCGUAGCACCCCACUGCUUGCGGAGCCCCUGCCGGAGAGCCCCCUGAAGCGGGCUGCUGCUGGCAACUCCAACUUGAACCGGACCCCUCCUGGCCCCCCUGUCGCCACCCCCUCGAAGGUGGCUCCUCCUCAGGGAAGCCCCGCCAAGUUCCAAUCCCUCUCCCGGGAUCCCGAGGUGGGCCGGAGACAGCACGCAGAGGAGCGCAUCCGCCGCAACCCUAAGAUGGGGGUGACGCUGGAGCGAGUGGGCCCUGAAGGCAGCCAUUACCUCUCACGGCGCCACCGCGGCCAGGGCCAGGAGAGCGAGCACUACCAGAGCUGCAUGCAGCUGGCCCCGGCGCGAGGCCUGGAGGAGCUGGGCCACGGCCCCUUGAGUUUGGCCGGCGGCCCGCGGGUGGGUGGGAUGGCGGCCGUGGCCACCGAAGCGCCCCGCAUGGAGUGGAAGGUGAAGGUGCGCAGUGAUGGGACCCGCUAUGUGGCCAAGCGGCCCGUGCGGGAUCGGCUGCUGAAGGCCCGGGCGCUGAAGAUCCGGGAGGAGCGCAGCGGCAUGACCACCGAUGACGAUGCGGUGAGCGAGAUGAAGAUGGGCCGCUACUGGAGCAAGGAGGAGCGCAAGCAGCACCUGAUCCGGGCCCGGGAGCAGCGGAAGCGGCGUGAGUUCAUGAUGCAGAGCCGGCUGGAGUGCUUGAGGGAGCAGCAGAGUGGCGACAGCAAGGCGGAGCUCAACAUCAUCGCCCUGAGUCACCGCAAGACCAUGAAGAAGCGGAACAAGAAGAUCCUGGACAACUGGAUCACCAUCCAGGAGAUGCUGGCGCACGGUGCACGCUCGGCCGACGGCAAGCGGGUCUACAACCCUCUGCUCUCGGUCACCACCGUGUGAGCUGCCCCGGCCAGAGCAUGGCCCAGGCCCAGGCCCAGGGCACCUCCUGGGGCCCCGGCCCUUCCUCUCCCUUAGGAUCUAGUGCGUGUCUGUGUGUGUGUGCUCGUGCGCACACCUACCUGUCUUCGUGUGUGUGUGCACAGACUUUAACGGAGAGAAGCCCUGGAGAAGGGACACUUCUUUUCCCUCACCUACUUCCUUCUCCCCAAGGAAAGCGACCAUGUCGACGACUGGCAUUGGAAGCACACCUGUAACGGGCACCCCUUCAGCCGUCUGUGUGUCUCUUGAUGUGUGUGCUUGGAGACGUGGAAGUGGAGCUGCGGAGGAGUGGCGAGGACUGUCCUAAGCACAAGAAAAUGUCCAGCUUCACUGGAGAGGGCGAGCGCAGUCUCUCCCUGCCACUGAGAGCCGCAGCCACUUGUAGACAAAGGCAACCCUGAUUUUGUGUUUUUUCUCCCUUUCUGUGCUUGCCAAUAAUUGUUUUGUUUUGUGGACCUGCCGUGGGGGCUGGCAGCUCCUUCAGGCGGUCUGACCAAGGUGGAACCCCCCACCCC